GGAGUAGGUCAUAUCAUCAUAUUCUUUAGCAGUACGGUUGCGAAGCUUACAGCUAAUUAUCAUGUCUGGAAGAGGAAAGGGAGGAAAAGGACUCGGAAAGGGUGGCGCCAAGCGUCAUCGCAAGGUGUUGCGUGACAACAUCCAGGGAAUCACCAAGCCUGCAAUCCGUCGUCUCGCUCGCAGAGGUGGUGUGAAGCGUAUCUCUGGCCUCAUCUACGAAGAGACCCGCGGUGUCCUGAAAGUGUUCCUCGAGAACGUCAUCCGUGAUGCCGUCACCUACACCGAGCACGCCAAGAGGAAGACCGUCACCGCCAUGGACGUUGUCUACGCUCUCAAACGUCAGGGACGUACUCUGUACGGAUUUGCGGCUAAAUCUAGACUACAGGCUCACCAACAGACAUAACAAACCGGCCCUUUUCAGGGCCACCAUUUCUUCCCAGAAAUGAUUUCUACGUUGCUAUAUCGGCAAGAGGUGUGAU